AGAGAGUUUGAGCUGCUGGGCUGCCAUGAGGUUCAUGGAUCCUGCCUGCAAACGCAUCCGCAAGUUGAGAUGUCGCACCCGUCCCCCCAAGCCAAGCCCUCCAACCCCAGUAACCCUCGAGUCUUCUUUGACGUGGACAUCGGAGGGGAGCGAGUGGGUCGAACUGUCUUAGAAUUGUUUGCAGAUAUUGUGCCCAAAACUGCGGAAAAUUUUCGUGCACUGUGUACAGGAGAAAAAGGCAUUGAACCCACAACUGGAAAACCUCUCCAUUUCAAAGGAUGCCCUUUUCAUCAAAUUAUUAAGAAAUUUAUGAUCCAGGGCGGAGACUUCUCAAAUCGGAAUGCGACAGGUGGAGAAAGUAUUUACGGUGGAAAAUUUGAAGAUGAAAAUUUCCAUUAUAAGCAUGAUCGGGAGGGUUUACUGAGCAUGGCAAAUGCAGGCCGCAACACAAAUGGUUCUCAGUUUUUUAUCACAAUAGUUCCAACUCCUCAUUUGGAUGGGAAACAUGUGGUGUUUGGCCAAGUAAUUAAAGGAAUAGGGGUGGUAAGGAUAUUGGAAAACGUAGAAGUGAAAGGUGAAAAACCUGCCAAAUUGUGCGUUAUUGCAGAAUGUGGAGAAUUGAAGGAAGGAGAUGAUUGGGGAAUAUUCCCAAAAGAUGGCUCUGGCGACAGUCAUCCAGAUUUCCCUGAGGAUGUGGAUAUAGAUUUAAAAGACGUAGAUAAAAUUUUAUUAAUAACAGAAGACUUAAAAAACAUUGGAAAUACUUUUUUCAAAUCCCAGAACUGGGAGAUGGCCAUUAAAAAAUAUGCAAAAGUUUUAAGAUAUGUUGACAGUUCAAAGGCUGUUAUCAAGACAGCAGAUAGAGCCAAGCUGCAACCUAUAGCUUUAAGCUGUGUACUGAAUAUUGGUGCUUGUAAACUGAAGAUGUCAAAUUGGCAGGAAGCAAUUGACAGUUGUCUGGAGGCUCUUGAAAUAGACCCAUCAAAUACCAAAGCAUUGUACCAAAGAGCUCAAGGAUGGCAAGGAUUAAGAGAAUAUGAUCAAGCAUUGGCUGAUCUUAAAAAAGCUCAGGAGAUAGCACCAGAAGAUAAAGCUAUCCAGGCAGAAUUGCUGACAGUCAAACAAAAGAUAAAGGCACAGAAAGAUAAAGAGAAGGCAGCAUAUGCAAAAAUGUUUGCUUAGUAAGGAUUCAAUUUUGCUUAUUGUGUGAUUGUAUAAAUGCAAUAAGAAAAUUUAAAGGUUUUUGUCUAUCAAUACGAUCCCUAAUGUUUCUUUUUACACCUCAGUUCCUCAUUGCUUACAGUUUAGGAGUACUGAUAGGGGUUCAUGAUUAAUAAACAUGCUACAAUACAGUAA